CUGGGAAGUCGGGCUGCAGCAGGAGGAGUGUGACUUUAUGCAGAUGAUCGAGGUACAGCACAACCAGUGCCUGGAGGAGGCCCAGCUGGAGAAUGAAACAACAGGCUGCAGCAAGAUGUGGGACAACCUCACCUGCUGGCCAGCCACCCCUCGGGGCCAGGUGGUCGUCUUGGCCUGCCCCCUCAUCUUUAAACUCUUCUCCCCCAUUCAAGGCCGCAACGUGAGCCGCAGCUGCACUGACGAGGGCUGGACGCCCCUGGAGCCUGGUCCCUACCCCGUUGCCUGUGGCUUGGAUGACAACGCAUCGAGUUUGGACGAGCAGCAGACAAUGUUCUACAGUUCUGUGAAGACCGGCUACACCGUCGGCUACAGCCUGUCCCUCGCCACCCUGCUGGUCGCCACUGCCAUCCUGAGCCUGUUCAGGAAGCUCCACUGCACACGGAACUACAUCCACAUGCAUCUCUUCAUAUCGUUCAUCCUGAGGGCCACCGCUGUCUUCAUCAAAGACUUGGCCCUCUUCGACGGCGGGGAGUCGGAUCACUGCUCCAAGGGCUCGGUGGGCUGUAAGGCAGCCGUGGUGUUAUUCCAGUACUGUGUCAUGGCCAACUUCUUCUGGCUGCUGGUGGAGGGCCUCUACCUGCACACCCUGCUUGCUGUCUCCUUCUUCUCCGAGAGGAAGUACUUCUGGGGGUACAUAUUCAUCGGCUGGGGGGUGCCCAGCACAUUCACCAUGGUGUGGACCAUCAUCAGGAUCCAUUUUGAGGAUUACGGAUGCUGGGAUACCAUCAUCUCCUCACUGUGGUGGAUCAUAAAGGCCCCCAUCCUCGCCUCCAUCUUGGUGAACUUCAUCCUCUUUGUUCGCAUCAUCAGAAUCCUGGUUCACAAACUGCGGGCCCCAGAUGUCGGGAAGAGUGACAGCAGCCCAUACUCGAGGCUGGCCAAGUCCACCCUUCUGCUGAUUCCCCUGUUUGGAGUGCACUACAUCAUGUUUGCCUUCUUCCCCGACAACUUUAAGGCUGAAGUGAAAAUGGUCUUUGAGCUCGUCGUGGGGUCUUUCCAGGGUUUUGUGGUGGCCAUCCUCUACUGCUUCCUCAAUGGCGAGGUGCAGGCAGAGCUGCGGCGGAAGUGGCGGCGCUGGCAUCUGCAGGGCGUCUUGUGUUGGGACCCCAAAUACCAGCCCCCGUCAGCAGGCAGCAGCGGGGCCACGUGCAGCACGCAGGUCUCCAUGCUGACCCGCGUCAGCCCCGGCGCGCGCCGCUCCUCCAGCUUCCAGGCCGAAGUCUCCCUGGUCUGACCGCCAGGUGCCCAGGCGGGUGGGCGGCCCCUCCCGUCCGCACCGCCCCCCACCCCGCGCGGCACCGGGGGCAGAGACCUGCCAGGCGAGGUCAGCCCCAGCCCUGAGCUCGGAGGCUGCCCGGGCACCCCCAGCUCACUGUCCGGAAGCCCCUGGAGAACGCUGCCCUUGCGCCUGCCUGGGAAGACGAGGACGCAUAGAUGGGAGAGGGCUGGGAGCUCCUACCUAGAAGAUGCGGGGUGGAGCUCAGUCUUCAGACUCCGCCCCCAAAGGCCCCCUCUGCCCAUUAAGGGCAAGAAAUCUGCAUACUCUCACCUGAUUCCACCCCCUGGUAGAUCUCACUACCCAUCCGAGGAGGGCCACUGCCUAUCCCCUGACAAUGCAUGUGGGAACGUGGUGUGAUCUGAGGGGACAGAGGUCUUGCCCCGAAAGGUCACCUGCCACCGCCACCUCGACAGUGCCUGAAGUUCCACCAUUGCUGUCAGUUUCCUUUGGGUUAAGCAUCACCAUUCAGGCAUCUCUCCAAAGAUGCGGUCCCCUCCCUCAGUGCCUCCUCAUAGCUGCCAGCUCUUCAAGGUGAAUGAGUUUUUCUGCCUCCGGCAGAUGCGGUUGUAAACAAGGGGUUUUAGUUUGGGGAGGGCAGCUAUCUUCAUAGUCCCCGCUAAAGUGGAGUCAUCCCGGGAUGGCUGGAACAAUUUCAGGAGCUUGCCACCAGCCCUACCAAUCCCUAUGGGCUGUGGGAGCUGCCCCUGGCUGGCCAACUAUUAGGACCGGGCUCAGAGAUGUACACUCUUGGGCCCCUUAAUCCUCAGAGCAACCCAGCAAGGCGGGCACUACUGUCCCUGUUUCACAGUGAGCCUCACAGAGAGCAGGUACCUCAUCUUGUCACACAGACAGGAUUUGAACUCAGAUCUUGCUGAUGGGAAAGGGAAAGCACAGACUCUUAACUGCUGCCUUUGAUAUAUUGUAACAAGCUGGAUCCUCUUGCUUAUUUGUAUCACCACUGAUAUUGUUAUUACCACCAUCCCCCAAACCCCUUUCCCACCCCACCCUCCCUGGAGUGUGGCUGAGGAGUCCUCCAGCCCAUCUGGACAAGAAACUGGUGGUUGUCAUGUCCUGUGUCCGCCCUGCACCCCUGUGGCCACACGGCUUCCUACCCACGCCCCAGCUGGAAGAUCCCCUUGGGACUGCAAACAGGCUUGUGCAACAAUAAAC